UGUGUAUCCGGUAAAAAGAAGUUAACUUCUCCGAACAAGUAUACUGAAUGUGAAAAUAGACAAACAUCGUCCAUAAACGGUAGCAUUGGAUAACAUGCCUUUGGUGUUGCUGUUCUGAAAUGCUUUUUCUUGGACACCGGAGGUAAAAUAAUCGAGACACUUCAACUUCCAGUUACAGGCUGUCACAUGAUGAGGACAUUUUGGGAAGGGUAAUCAAACCAUGUGCAUGCAUGGUGAUCAUGAUAAAUUAUACUAUUUCAAUAUCUGUUAGGGGUAACAUUAUUGACAGACAUACAAAAAUGUACAAUGACAAAUCCAUUGAAUCGUGCAGAAGCUAAAUGUGCAGGACUAUAACAGUAAUAUCUUACAAAUGUUUGCAGUAGAGGUAAUUAAGUAGUGAUUCAGCCACAGAUGUCAUACACAACAUAAUUAAAUAUAGUUAAAGUGAUAAAUAUAAGUACAGCUUUAUGUGAGUAAGUGAUCUAUAAAGAAACACCGUAUGGCACACAAAGGUGAAAAGCUACAUGAGUGUGAUGUGUGUGGUAAAGAGUUUAAUAAGACCUACAACAAGCAGAUACACAUGAGGACUCAUACAGGUGAGAAGCCACAUGAGUGUGAUGUGUGUGGUAAAGAAUUCAGUACAACGCAAAGUCUACGAAGACACCAAAGGAUACAUACUGGAGAAAAGCCAUACAACUGUGCUGUUUGUGGUAAAGAAUUCAAUUCAAAAGAUGGCCUACAGACACACAUGUGGGUUCAUACUGAAGAUCUAGAGAAGCCGUACAAGUGUGAUAUGUGUGGUAAAGGAUUUAUUAGCACGGGUGAUCUAAAUAAACAUUACAAAAUACAUACAGAAGAGAAGGCUUAUAGGUGUGAUGUCUGUGGUAAGGGAUUUUAUAAGCCAUAUAACCUGAGAAUACAUGUCAUGACUCAUACAGGAGAGAAGCCGUACACAUGUGAUAUCUGUGGUAAGGGGUAUAUUGUGGCUCAAAGUCUGGAGAAACAUCAGCAAACACAUAUUUUCCAGAGUGGAGAAAAGUCCUACAAGUGUGAAAUCUGUGAUAGAAAAUUUAAACAUACAGAUGGUCUACGGACGCACUUGAGAAUUCACACGGAAAAGGAACCCUACAAAUGCAGCAUAUGUGGUGAGGUGUGUUAUAGUAAGGCUUACUUACACAAACACAGAGGGACACACACAGGAGAUAAACCAUGUGAUGUCUGUGGUAAGGUGUUCAGUAGCACCAGUGAUCUGAAGAAACAUCAGUGGAUACAUUCAGGGGAGAAGCCGUACAACUGUGACCUCUGUGGUAAAGAUUUCAAUCAGGCCGGUAACUUAAAAGCACACAUGAUGACUCACACAGGAGAGAAGCCACACAAAUGUGAUCUGUGUGGUAAAGAGUUUAGACGAGCCAAUACCCUACAGACACACAGAAGGACUCACACAGGAGAGAGGCCAUACAGAUGUGAUGUCUGCAGUAAGGGGUUUAAUAGCAAAGGUGACUUACAAAAGCACUCCAGAACCCACACUGGAGAGAAGCCAUACAAGUGUGAUGUUUGUGGCAGCGAGUUCACUGUGGUACAAAGUCUGAACAGACACCACAAGAAACAUAUACUGGAGACAAACCGUUCAAGUGUAAUGUAUAUAAUUAAUAAUUAAUAUUAUGUCUUUAAAUUACAAGAAAGUGCAUAAGUGACCUUUAUGAUACCUCAGGACUUGACACACACCGGAGAGAAGCUUUACACACAGAUUAAUAGAUUCUUAGCAUUAUUCAAAAUUCCUGUAAUAUACAUGCAUACAUGUGCAUGUGGAAAAUGAUUUUCUCACACAAGUGCACAAUUUUUGAUACUUAUAAGUACAUAAAGGACCUCGAAGUAUACCAUAUACUCUUAUCCAUUGCAAGUUUUAAUUAUUUUUUUCAUAAGGGGAUCCUGGUGUGAUUCCUGUGGAAAGGGCUUAAAUGUCACUGUACCAAAUCUAGUUUCACUGUAAGAAGAUACUGCAUACUGGGAAAUAUUCCUUCAAUUUAUUGUUACCUUUUCCCUCUGGAAUCAGGGUGAAUUUACACUCUGGACAGGUUGGAUUUAAAAACAAAAAAAUCCUAAGCAAAUGAGACUAAGUCAUUUUUUCUAUGGUGUUUAGGAAAUUUCAGUAGAUCCAGGUCAUAAAAUGAUACCUAUAUAGCUACCAAUUUUUCAGAGUAUGAUAUAUUUGUAUUCAUUUUGCAUAAUUUAUACAAUAUAAAUGCCAAAUACCAAGGGACACUCAAGCUUGUACUUUACCUAUAUAUCUUUAAAAUUAAAAAAAAAAAAAAUGUAAAACAAACAAAAAUAGAAAUAUGUGUAUUUGUGAACAAUCAGAAUUUAUUGUUACAUAACAUAUGCAACAACAUUGAUAAAAAAAAGCUUGAACAAUACAGGUAAAAAAAAGCUAAAAUCUUUGGGCAUUAUACCUGAACCCAAUCCUUUAGCUGACAUGUAUUGUACACACCUAUGCAAUGUGAUUACAACACAGCUCCUCAUUAAUAUCAUAUGAACAAUAGUGAUGAUAUGAUUUGUUUAAAUCAGCUGAUUGAUUAUUUAAAUUCAAUCGAGACAAGCUUUUAGCAAAAUAUUUCUACCACAAUUUCUUUCUUAAAUUGACAUUUUUUUUACUGUUUUAAUAUAUAUAUAUACAAGUUUCAAAAAUGAUGAAGCUCCAGAGUGAGUAAAAGGGAUAUUUCUUUAGAUUGGUCAAUAAGUCUUAAAAAAAUGAGAAUGCUGGUUUGUUAAAAAUAUUUUAGAAACCUGUAAUGACAAACACAGAAAAAUGAUGAGGAACACCACAUGUUUGUUGCCUUGCAUGCUCAUUUUUAAUAUCGAUUUAGUUAAUACUGCAAAACAGGAAAUAUUUGUGAGUCUUUUUCUUUCUGAUUUUACUUUUACUCUUUUUUGUUUUUGCUUAUACAAACUUAAAUAGCCUACUAGAACCCUAUAUCUUGAGUCUGUUUAGGAUUCCUAUCCCACUGCAGACAAAACUAAUAUUAGAGGUGGCUUUUUUUGAAAAUGGUAACCUCCCUUUUAGUUUAAUUACUUUUUUGGUAUAUAACUGUGGAUAGACUGGUCUUGGGUACUACUGUUAACAAUGAACCUGAGUCGGUAAGAGCAAAAGUAUAAAGACUGGAGGUCCAGGGUUCAAAUCCUAGUUUGGCCCAUUGCAUUUUUGGCCGGAUUGCAACGCAAUCAGGGCUAAUAGAUUGGCGAUUCCCGUCUGUCCAUCUGUCCAUUCAUCUCUCCGUCUGUCUGCGCUAAGGUUCAGAAGAAUGGUUAAUCUCCGUUUUCAAGUUAUUAAUUAUCCCAUGUAUCUAAGGAUGCUUAUCACAUGCAAUGCUUUGGAUGCUGGUUGUGACCUACAUUUUCCACUUUAGUGACCAGGAAGUCGCCCGCCUACAAGCUAUCUUUCUUAAUUUCUAUGGUAUUGUCAUCGCCCGCCUACUAUCUACCUUCCUUAUGUAUCUAAGGAUGCUAAUGACAUGUGAUGCUUUGGAUAUUGCUUCUGACCUGCAUGUUCCGCUUCAGUGAUCAGGUUAAGAAGAUUGGUUAAGGUCAGUUACUAAGUAACUGCUUGUUGUACAUCAAAUAAACUUGCAUGGUUUAUGUAUCUAAGGAUGCUUAUCACAUGCGAUGCUUUGGAUGCUGGUUCUGACCUACAUUUUUCGCCUCAAAGACCAGGUUAAGAAGUUCAGUUGAGGUCAGGCCCCAUGCAUCUGCACUAUGGUUAAGAAGAUUGGUUUCGGUCACUUACCAAGUAACUACUUGGCCUACAUCAGCUAAACUUGCAUACCUUAUGUAUCUUAGGGUGCUAAUCACAUGCGAUACUUCGCAUGCUGGUUCUGACCUACAAUUUCCGCUUCAGUGACCAGGUUAAGAAGAUUGGUUAAGGUCAUUUACUGAGUAACUGCUUGUUGAAAACUUAACCUGUAUUGCUUAUGUAUCUUAAAGGAUGCUAAUCACAUGCGAUGCUUUACAUGAAAAUGUGCUGUAGCAAUCGGGCCAUAUCACUAUUGGCGGUUUCUUAUUUGCUAUUAAAUUAAAAAAUAUAUAGCCAUACAUAGAAAAGUUCCCGAUGCAUGGUAAGUUGUUUUGGCAGUGGAACAGGGGUCCUUAGUUCAUACAGUACUGUGUAUACACUUAUAACCAUACUCUUGGUUCCACUCCUGGGAUUGUACAACCAUUUAAACCUCACAGUAAUUACACACUGAAAGUUUCCUGUUAUACAUGUUAUAAUGACCACUGCUAUUUAUUGACUAGUAAUAAUGACCACUGCUAUGUAUUGACUAGUAAUUAUAAUGUUUGUAUUAUUGGAUUUAUUUACUAUAUGUACCUGAUCGUCUGAACACUAGAUGCCAGUUACCAUCUAUAGAUGUAAAUGUAUAGUAGUGCGCUGUCUAGACAUUAGAAAUGGUACAGUAUUAUAUAUGACUAGUUUUGCACUGAUCACAUGACAAUGACAUAAGGUUUGGAUAUUUUAAAAUCAGCUUUUUCAAUCGACAAGGUGCAUAUUGGUCACAAAAAUAAAAUAAUUU